UUUACCAGUCUCGCUGUCGCGCAUUUGAUCUUUUCUUUUCUCUUUGAGUCAGCUCCUUUUCGAUCCCAUUUUUCUCACCUAAAUUUUCCCACGAAAGUUGCAGAGAAAAGAAAAUUUUAUUUUUCCUUCUAAAGUGAUAUUUUGGAAACCCUAGAUUACUUUAAUUCUUGAGAUUUUUGAUGGAUUUGUCUCCAUAUGCAUCACUUGCAACGAUUCUUCAGUGAUAGAAGCGGCAUGGACUCGAAGAGGAGCAGAAGAAAGCCGAGACUCGAUCGCCGCAAUGCAUUGAAGCACGUCGAUUACGAUGCAGCGUCUUUUUCUUCGUCUCUUGAAGAUUCCUCUUCGUCUUCUUCUCUAAUCACGCGAUCGCUCGAUUUAUCGGAUAAAACCAGCUUCCGUAUCCAAGGAACCGACGGAGAGUUCGACCUGAUUUGUCGGAGUUUGGGCUUUAGUGGGCCUGAAGAUUUUUCCAUCCCAGCCGACGCUUGGGAGGCCCGUAAAAUCCGAUCGUCAUCGGAUCUUCUACCCCGGUCCAGAUUAAACCGGUUGGAUAGUCCGAACGAAGAGACAGCCAAGGAAAAAGACCGCACUGAAGUGAUAGUUGCUGAAUUGUCUGACAGGGUUUUGGAUACUGAGUUGACUCGGGAUGACUCGGUCGAGUUGAAGUUAAGCCAGUGCUACUUGUCCGAUAGAAUUGUGGUGGAUGCUACUACUACAACCAAGUUAGAGUUAAACGCGUGUUGCGUAGGUGUCAGCGGAGGAGGAAAUAAUGGAAUUAAAGGGGCUAGGCCGCCGGUUUUAAAGCCACCGCCGGCGGUGAUGAAGCUACCGGUAAUCGAUAACGCGUGCUCAACUUGGGAUUUAUUUAGGGAUUUCGCCCCCGAAGACGAUAGUGGGUGUUUGGUUCCAGUUCAUUCACUUUCCUCUUCCGAUGAGGAAAAUGAAGAAGGUCAAGAAGAGGAGGAUGGGGUUAAUGUUGGAAAUGAUAAGCAGGAGGCGAGUUUAAUGAGAAUAGGGGAGACAGCGGUUCUUUCAGAGUCAUGUUCGUUUACGACUUCGAAUGACGAUGAUUCUUCCAGUUCUACAACGGAGCCUACGUCGAAUAUUUCACCUAAUGGUAGGUUCAAAAGGAACAUUACUUAUUGGGAGAAAGGUGAGCCUCUGGGGAAUGGAUCAUUUGGAUCGGUUUUCGAAGGAAUUUCUGAUGAUGGAUUCUUCUUUGCUGUCAAGGAAGUUUCGCUGCUUGAUCAAGGAAGUCAGGGGAAGCAAAGUAUUAUCCAACUUGAACAGGAGAUUGCUCUUUUAAGUCAGUUUGAACAUGAAAAUAUAGUUCAGUAUUAUGGCACGGAUAAGGAUGAAUCAAAAUUAUACAUCUUUCUUGAGCUUGUAACCAAAGGCUCCCUUUUAAGUCUAUAUUCAAAAUAUCAUCUCAAAGAUUCUCAAGUCUCUGCAUAUACAAGACAGAUUUUGCAUGGAUUGAAGUAUCUUCAUGACCGAAAUGUAGUUCAUAGAGAUAUUAAGUGUGCAAACAUUUUGGUGGAUGCAAGUGGAUCAGUGAAACUUGCUGAUUUUGGAUUGGCAAAGGCAACGAAGUUGAAUGAUGUUAAAUCAUGCAAAGGGACGGCAUACUGGAUGGCCCCUGAGGUUGUCAACCGGAAGGGUCAAGGGUAUGGACUUCCUGCUGAUAUAUGGAGCCUUGGUUGUACUGUGUUGGAGAUGUUAACUGGUCUGUUUCCAUACUCUCAUUUGGAAUGUAUGCAAGCAUUGUUUAGAAUUGGCAGGGGUGAACCACCACCGGUUCCUGAUUCUUUGUCAAAAGAUGCACGAGAGUUCAUCUUGCAAUGCGUACAAGUCAAUCCAGAUGCUCGGCCAACUGCUGCUAAGCUCUUACAGCAUCCAUUUGUGAAGAGGCCUCGACCAACGCACUCAGGCUCAGCAUCUCCUCAUCUUGGCCGACGGUUUUGAUUUUUAGCCUUGAAAACUAAGUUGCAAUAAGAAAUGAGCUCCAUCUAUCACAACGAAGAAGACAAGUUUGCCUCCUCAAGCUCUAAUGCUACUACCUUUUGGAUUUUCUCCCAAAGACUUGAGAGUCUGAACAUAGGUAGGCCAAAACAAUUCUUAAGCAUUGCUAUGGCCUAAUGGCCUUGCCAUAGAUCUCAAUCUCCAUGAUAGGAAUCAUAUUUUCACCUGGUUCUUGUUCCUGCAAUGAUGCUUUGCAGAGCGGAACUGCUCUUAAAUUAUUUGUUGUCAUUUCAUUUUGUCUGUUGUGGAGUUUGAUGUAGCGAGUCUUUUCUUCUGUUAGAUUUUUUUUUUCUUUUAACGGGUGAACAGUGUAGGGUCAAGCUGUAGGAGAAAUUGUUGGUAACAGUUGGAAAAGAAACACUAUUUGUAUAUAUGUAUCUCAUUAUUGAUGCAAAUGAAUAGUAGUUUGUUUAUGUACACAACCAAGUCGUGAUUUAUUGCUUGCUCUUCUCUUGA